CUCAGUGGGGUUUGGCCAACUAUUAUAAAAGUCAAAAUAGAAAGAAAAAGAACAAAUAUUACAAGCUGUUACUACAGGAAAGAACGGCUGCUACGGGUUUAAGAAGUGCAGCUGGGGUGAUGCGCACAGCAACCACAAGCAGCCAGGAAGCCUUCAAAAAGGAAUCUUGGAGACACCUGAGGUUUCAUGGGGACUUUUCAACAUUCCAGACUUCUGCCCUGCAAUGAAACUCUGAGUCAUGGUCUUUGGGCCUAAGCUACUGUCAACAGCAUGGAAGCCAGGACAACCAACCUCACUCUAGCCUUCACGCUAAGCAACAGCCCAGAGUGAGUCUGGCAGAAAAUCAGAGCAAACACUAGAGAAAACCUUCUUUGUUAAUGGAAAGAGGAAAGAAGAAAAGGAUUUCCAACAAAUUGCAACAAACUUUCCAUCACUCGAAGGAACCUACCUUCCUAGUCAACCAAGGCAUCCUAUUGAGUGACUCCCAUUCUAGCCUUUUGCCAGAAGCAGAGUGUGUCAAUCCUGAGGAAAAAAUAAAGACAAAAGCUCAGAAAAGUAGACCUGGAACAGUGAUACUAUUGAAACGGCCAAGUAGGGGAACAAUGUCCGAAAACCAACUGAGCCCCCCUGUGAUCCCAUCCCGCAGGCCUGGAUUCCGGGUCUGCUACAUUUGUGGCCGAGAAUUUGGGUCCCAAUCACUAGCCAUUCAUGAACCCCAGUGCUUGGAGAAGUGGCACAUUGAAAAUAGCAAGUUGCCCAAGCAUCUGAGGAGGCCAGAACCCUCCAAACCUCAGCCUCUCAGUGGCAGUGGGUCCUACAGCCUUAAGGCAGAAAAUGAGGCAGCAUUUCAGAGUGCCCAGAUUCAGUUGCUGCCCUGUGAGACCUGUGGCCGCACCUUCCUGCCAGAUCGUCUCCUUGUUCACCAGAGAAGCUGUAAGCCAAAGGGUGAAGGUCCCAGAGCACCAAACCCCAACAAUUCUGAUGAUCGUCCCAGCCCCAAGAAAGCUUCUGGUGGAAUCCCAGCCCGACCAAGGACUCUUGUCUGCUACAUUUGUGGUAGGGAAUUUGGCACCAUGUCCCUUCCUAUUCACGAACCCAAAUGCCUGGAAAAGUGGAAAGUAGAAAACGACCGACUUCCGAAGGAGCUCCGCCGGCCACUCCCACAGAAGCCUCAGCCCCUUCCAACUGGACAGCCCAGCCAAGAGGAGUCAAGUCAAGCUCAACUUGUACCCUGCCCAACCUGUAGCCGGACCUUUGCCCCAGAUCGCCUUCUGGUACACCAGAGAAGUUGCAAAGCUCAAUCCAGUGGGCCACAAGUUCAGAAUUUGACCUUAGGAAGUAAAGAGGGCCUAAAUGCAUCCACUAAUUCCAAGCAGCAAAGGAACAUGGCAGCACCCAGUGUGACUGAUAAGCCAACAAUGAUAAAGUGUCCACGAACAGUUGUUUGUUACAUUUGUGGCCGCGAAUAUGGAACAAAAUCUAUUAGCAUCCAUGAGCCACAAUGCCUGAAAAAAUGGCAUAAUGAGAACAACUUGUUGCCUAAAGAACUAAGGAGACCAGAACCAAAGAAACCGGAAGUCAGGACCAUUACCGCCAAAGGUUUCUAUGAUCUUGAUGCUUUAAAUGAAGCUGCUUGGACAAGUGCCCAGAGCCAGUUGGUUCCCUGCAAUAUUUGUGGGCGUACCUUCCUGCCAGACAGACUGAUUGUUCACCAGCGAUCUUGUAAACCCAAAGCCGCCAAGUAAAGCCCUUUUCUCUCCGAUGGAGUGUUACAGGAAUUAAUCCCUUUGAACCAGACUGGGAGAGAGUGGGAAGGAGAGAAAGCAGGUGAAAAGAGGGAACCUGGGAAACUGGAGAUGACUGAGUGCUGGUCAAGCCGGGAAGAACCAGCUUAGUGCUGGUAUGAGAAUAUUUGACCACCAUUAUGGGAUGGGGCAAGUGCUUUGGUUUUAACAAGCAGCUGCAUGUGCUUAGGGACACUGGGGACCAUUUCACACUUCUGUCAGGCAGAAUUACAAGCAAGCUGCUCCUUAUCUAAAUUGCAAGCUGCAAUUUUUAUCUAAAGGAAAUUUCUGAGCCGAUUGUUGCCAUUUUUCCUGCAUUCUACUUUCCUGAACAAGAUUUUGAACCUCACAAUUAGGACUAUUGUUAAGUCAACAGAGGCUUUGAGGGUAACCCAAGGCAAUGCCUUCACUCCCAGCAAGAACUGGAUUUCUUCCUAUCCCUGCGCUUUUUGAUCCAGGGACAUUUUGACAUGGAGUUUUUGGUUGGGAUGUUUCUUUUUUCCAUAAGAUCCUUCAACAGGACCGAUAUUUUUUAAAAAGUGCCGAGGACUUAAAGUACAGGGACCAUACCUAACUCAUAUUUCCUUGUAAUGGCAAAGGAAUGCUGCAGAGAUUUCCUAGCAAGUGCCAGCCUCAUUGCCAGGAGAAGGUGCAGUACAAUUCAUCACAAUGGGUGGAAGCUAACCCUUGCCUCCUACAGAAGAUGUUUAGCAAGAGUUCUUUAUGCCCUCAUAGGAGUUUAUAGGUGUUUCAUUGUUGAGGUCUAAAAGUCUGCCAGGAAAUUUUGUGCCUCCCCACCCGAGGCCCAUGCACAGUAAGUGGGUUGUGAAAGUUCUCUGUAUUUUACAGCUCUUGAAUGUGUAUUCAUCCAGGCAGGGCUGUCCUGGGAGAGGGCCAGGGCCAGGGGAGGUGCUCUGUCCAGGAAAUGCUGCUCCCCCAGGCAGCAAGGCAUGGCCUGGACUCCUAGUCGUCUUGCUUGAGAUCUUUGUUCAUUUUAUGGCUGAAUUUCAGGGCCAUUCUGGAUCCCUGGGUUCCUGCAAGCCUUGCAUCCAUGACCUUACACAGCACAGUCAGCUCCAAAUUAUACAGGCAAAUUCAUUCAACCUAAUGUUUUGGUCAUACAUCUACUUAUUAUACAGGGUUGGGUUAGGAUAAUUGUGCUAAUUAUUCUGUUUUUCCUGCCUGUUCCAAGGGAAGCAAGAGACAAACUCUUUAAAAACUCUGUAGAUACCCUCGAUUAAGAAUCUUGCAAAAGAUAGGGUACGCAAUUACUCAUAGUUGAUGACUUGUUUCUUUUAACCAAAAUGAUGACAGAAUCUAACAUAUAUCUAGGAUUUUACAAGUUGGGCAGUGUGUUAAGCAUUUUGUAUAUAUCAGCUUACAUAUACCUUACUUCAGCCCUAUAAGUAGCUAUCGUCAUUCUUUUACAGAUCAGAAAACUGACACUGAGACUAAAGACUUAAGGUCACACUGAGCUCUCAAGUUAUAGGAUAGAAUAGGGAACAAACUUUGGACUGUCCGACUUCUGAACCUAGAAUCAUAUCUGUCUCUGUUUAUGCCAGGUAGCAUCAUUAAUAUGAUUAGCCAUAAUAAAGUAAAAGAUCUGACAAAUGUGAAAAUUCUUGCCCACUGUCUAGUAACUAAGGCAAAUGGAAAUCUUAGGAUGCUUAAAGUUCUGCUGCUUAUCUGUGCUCAUCUUAGACUGAGAUGAAAUCAGUUAGAAUUGCAUUUGUGUUAGGGGUUUCAAAAAUACUUCUGCAUUUUGCUGGUAUUUCAGAAAUAAAAUAUCAGAGGAGAUAAAGCAAAAGUUCUGCCCUCAACUUUGAACUGAAUUGCCACUCAGAGCCUAAAGAGAUUCAUGGGUAUGACUCAAACAACGGUGUCUUUAUAUGAUUGAAGUCUGAGUUUGUGAAGUGACUGAAAAGGACAGACUCCAGGAAUCGACACAUUCUCAAAGAACAGUGAGCCAGCUGACUGGGGGUUUCACAAAUGGCUCCACCUCAUCUAAGCUACAAAUGUUCCAUGGAAUUUAAUCUGGAGCAAGUGUAGUUACAGUGACCUCAAUUCAAGAGUUCUGGUCCACUUUCAAGACAAGUCAUCAAAGUCUUGCCAUUAAUAGGAAAGAGCUCACCUGCUCUCUAACAAAUGCCCUCUCCCAGUGAGUUCACAUCUGUGAAGGUCUUUGUAAUUCUCAAAAGAAAAUAGUUUAACAAUGGUUGGCACCUCCAUGAGCCAUUAAUUUGAACCUUGAAAGAGUUCCUUUAGAUAUUCUCCUAGAUGAUGAAUAGCAGAUAUAAGACGCAGGUACUUGGAACUCUGCACUAACCCAGGCAACUAUUGGUGUGGGAUGUAGUUAUCACAGGCAUCAACGAUGAUACAAUUCCCCCUCUGUUACCUAGCACUGGACAAAUUUUAAUUGAAUUAUUCUCUAGUUGAGAUCACAGAAAGAAUUCCAGAAUUCCUUGAUGCUCAUUUGCAUGUUGAAUUCACAUCAAAAUUUCAGGGCAUGUCCUACCAGAGGGGGACUAAAUAAGCACAACCUUGUAAGAGGGCUAAGGGUGGGUAUUUUCUACUGUGUAUAAGCACAACUCCUUCAGAACCAUGAUGGGGGCUCAUCAGGCCCAUCAUAGUAUUUUUUCUAACAAGUAUUUACAAAUGGGUUCUCAAGGAUGGCUCCCUGUUGAAUUGAUUUGGUUUAGGGAAUAUUGGUCUGAGUUCCUUUAUUGAAUAUUGGUCUGAGUUCCUCUGAUUGCUAUUGACAAUCAGAGCCAUUUGUGAGCAAGAAAUAGGUAGAAAGCAGGCAUCCAAAGAUGACUAUCCCCUGAAAACCUGAAAACUGGCCUUGGUCUUUCUGAACUUGUCUCCUAUGGACAUCUGCAGGGUUUCUUUUUACACUCCUGACUGAAACCAAUUCACAUGGCUUGACUCCCAUAUCACAUCAGGGCAGGAAGUUCAGCCCUUUCCUUCCCCAAUCCUGAGAGGUCCUUUCCCUCCUCUGGCAGUGGUCCACCUUCCCUUAUCACUUGUGGCUUUCAUACUGAUUCACUGUCUGGCCCAUACAAACGGCUAAGCUUGUUCCUGCUGGCCCUGCCUGCUCUCUGUGGUGAGAGAUGAAAAACGAGGUUUUUCUGCACUUGGAAGGAACAGCACAAAUGAAAAGCAGUCAAGUUUCCAGGAGAGGACAAAUUUGGUUGUGUAGAGAGAAUACAUAUGAGGAAAAAGCAUUAAGUUAUUGUAGGAUGAUGGUGCACCUUUAUCCUUAGUUCCUUUAAAAUUGUAUUACAAAAAUAUUCAAACAGAUACCCUCCAAGAGAAAAGUAUAAUGAAGUCUCAUGCUCUCCACAUCCAGGUAAACUUAGUUCUUGACAUCCCACUAAGGUUGAAUUUGAAUGGUUUAAAUUUGAACUAUUAUUCUUUGGGGUUAAAAGAAAUAGGGAUAUCAGGGAGAGGAGUUGGAAACCCAAGAUUCCACAGAAUCUCUGACAAUGCCUUUCAAUUAUACUUAUGGAAAAUAAACUUUAAUAUCAACUUAAAUGCAUGUGUAAUUAAGUGAGAACCGGCUGGGCAUUGUGGAGCUAGGUAUUAUCAUUGAUUCCCACUGAUUGUCUUAUAGGUCAAGCUGUUUAGGAUGUCUCUUAGCUGAGAAUGUCAGGCAAUAAAAGGUCCCUAAAUAUGUUGAUGCCCAAUGUUAUAGUUUAGAUAUGGAGGUAUCCCCCAAAAUCUCAGGUGUGAGACAAUGCAAGAAAGUUCAAAGGUGAAAUGAUUGGGUUAUGAGAGCCUUAACCUCAUCAAUGUAUUAAUCCACUAAUAUAGGGAUUAACAGGUGGUAACUGUAGGCAAGUAGGGUAUGACUGAAGGAGGUGGGUCAUUGGGGACAUGGCUUUGGGGUAUAUAUUUUGUCCUUCUGAGCAAGAGCUCUAAUUCCUUGAUGACAUGUCCUGAGCUGCUUUUCUCUUCUAUGCCCUUCCACCUCAUAUUGGGCCCAGAGCAAUGAAGGUAACCAUCUAUGGACUGAGACCUCUGAAACCAUGAGACCCAAUAGACUUUUCCUCCCCUAAAAUUGUUCCUGUCAAGUCUUUGGGUCACAGUGGCAAAAAAGCUGACUAAAACACCUAAACUCCAAAACUUUUAUGAAUACAUUCCCUUUUAUGGCAAGAGGUUCUUCGCAGAUGUGAUUAAGAUUAUAGACCUUGAAAUUGAAAGAAAAUCCUGGAUUAUCCUGGUAGGACCACUGUAAUCACUUGAGUUCUUAAAAGUAGAAGAGAAAGAAGGCAGUAAGGUGGGUAAAAGACAUAGCAGCAUAAGAAUUUAACAACCCAUUGCUGAUUCUGAGAUGUAGGGAACCAUGUACAAGGACCAAGAGAUGCCUGGUGGGGCUAAGCUGAUCACCAGUAAAGAAACUGGAGUCUCAGUCCCACAAGCAUACAGAAUUAAAUUCUCCCAACGACAUGAAUAAGCAAGGAAAUGGAACCCCCGACCCAAAUCUCCAGAAAUGAACUCAGUCUUGCCAACAUCAUGUUCUUAUCAGGUAAGUCCAGGGUCAAACUUCUAACCAUACAGAAGUAUAAGAAAAUCUCUGCUGUUUGAGUAACAAAGUUUGUAGUAAUCAGCAAUGGCAACAACUGAAACUAAUACAGAACACAGUUAUGUGACACAGGGUAGAACCAAUAAAAUCUGUUGAUCUGAGAAGUAGAGCUCUCAAAUCCAUAAGGGACACUGGCCCACUCCACUGUUUUAGUGAGAGGACAACUAGAUAACACUUAUGAGGGCAGAUACCCUAUGAAAACGGAAUCCAGGAUAUGUCAUACCAUUGAAUAUAUCAUCAUUUUGCAAUACAUGUAAAUUCUGGAUGUCAAUGUUUAAUGUUUUGCUAAGGAAAACACUGCCUUUGAUAUUCUUAACCAUAAAACUGAUUCUGCUUUAUGUGUGUACUUGUUAUAAAAUUAAUA